AUGGCGCCCCAAUUGGCCUGGCUAGGUCUGGGGAAUAUGGGUAGGGGCAUGUGCAAGAACUUGGUGGAGAAAGGGAACCUAGCUAAACCUCUGAUCAUUUUCAACCGCACCCCGCAACGAGCGCAUGACCUCGCCGCAAAGAUAGGGCACGCGACCGUCGCUUCCUCCGUACAAGACGCCUCCUCAAAAGCAGACAUUAUAUUCUACUGUCUGGGCGACGACCCAGCCGUGCUCUCGACACUUGAAGAGGUCCUCAAACCCGACGUCACGGGCAAGCUGAUUGUGGACUGCAGCACAGUUCACCCCGAGACAACGGCCAAGGAAGCAAAAAUGGUUGAAGAAAAGGGAGCCAGCUUCGUGGCGUGUCCCGUGUUUGGUGCUCCAGCCAUGGCCGACGCCGGCCUAUUGAUAUGCGUUCCGGCAGGAAAACCUGAAGCGGUGCAAAGGAUGCUUCCAUACUGCAAGGGGGUGAUGGGCCGGGCCAAUGUUGAUUUCUCGGGUCAAGAGCCAAGCAAGGCGACACUCCUGAAGAUCAUUGGCAACACGUUUGUGUUGGGCAUGGUCAACGCCUUGUCCGAGGGACAUGUCCUGGCCGAGAAAUCGGGUUUGGGUGUCGGUGAGCUCCACAAAUUCAUCGAGGUCAUGUUCCCAGGGCCAUACACGGGCUACUCGAGCAGGAUGACGACCGGUGACUAUUACAAGCGCGAAGAGCCGCUGUUCGCGGUGGACCUGGCACGAAAAGACGCAAGGCAUGCCAUGGAUCUGGCCCAGAAGAGCGGGUGUCGUAUGCGACAAGUCGAACUUGGAGACGAGUAUUUGAAGACAGUCAAAGCGACGGUAGGUGAAAAGGGCGACAUUGCUGGUAUCUAUGGUGCGGCGAGGUUGCAAGGGGGAUUGAAGUUUGAGAACCAAGACUAG